AUGACCAUUGCAGUGAUGUACAGAGAAGCCCUCCCACUGCAGGAGCAUGCCAGGGCCCCAUGUGACAUGUGCACACCCAGCUACCUGUCCUCAGAUGCAACAUAUGCUCCAAAAACCCUGAGGCGACACCGGCGCUGCUCAGAGCCCAACAUAGAUAACCAGCACUGCAAACUGACCUAUCUCAGGGGCAAUGAUUCAAAGAAACAACAUAAAACCAGCUGUGAAGCUGGUCUCUUGCAGGGAGAGGAGGAUUAUCUCAAACAGCAUAAGUCUUUGCAAAUAGAGGGGCAAAAGCUUAUUAAUCAGAGUUUGGUCAUGGGGAUUGAGGUGGGCAAGAGUAGUGCCACAAACCAAAACACUGAGAAGGUUUUACCCCCAAGAUUAAGCCUUUGCCCAAAGACUAGCUGUUCCAGCUUAUCCUUCCCAGGCACUUCCCCCUGUGGCUCAUCAGUGAGCUGUCAGGACAGUCCUUUUUCUCAGACUUCUGAACAUUCCGUGUUUACACCCACUGAAAAUCCCUCUCCAAUAGGUUGCAAUUUUCAGGCUCAAAGAAAACAGGGAGAGCUUUCUUCUGACUUUAGCAGUUCCAACUUCAUUUCUGGAAUGCCUGGUCCAUCAUCAGGGCAGGGCAGCAGCCACCUCGUCAAUACAAAAAAGGAUAGUGUACUGCGGCAUUCACAAAUGCAUUCUGUAACUCUUCACCCCAACACAUGGUUGAGAAAUGGUAUAGCCAGUUUGAGAAACUGGUCCCUCAAAAAGAAAGCAAAGGCAGCCAGAUCAGAGGAAAAUAAAAUAGGUUCUCUAAAAGGACUUUCAGAGCCACCUCCUCAUGCUUCUGGUGUUCCAGAAGCCAACUCACUGCAUGAGAGACAGAAAGACAUGCCCAUGAAGGCAGUGGAAGGACUUGGUACUGUGCAGACAACCCAUUCAUAUAAUUUUUCUCCCUCCCAGGAAUCAGAGAGACACAGCAGCUCUCCAUUCAGCCUAGUAGACGGCACACUCAAACUGUGUAUGAAGUCCCACAAGGAAGUCAAGCCUGUAGGUCAGGGCUAUUAUAGAGUUCUGUGUUGGGGAAGAGCCUCAGCCAGCUUUCAGACAAUGGAGGAUAUGGCCAGCCCAGACAUUUAACCAAAGACAUUUAACCACAAUGAGGAUCCGACAUCUACGAGAACAAGAACUGGGCUAAUAAUAUAAAGAUGAUAGUUACAAACAAGAUAUCUGGGAUAGGUAGC